AUGUGUUCGAUACAAAAGGAGAAAUGUUGUACGGUGUCAGCGUGUGAUCUAAAUACUUCGAUUAACACACAAGAAGAACCACCGAAAGAUCUUACUAAAAAAGUAGAUUGUGAUAAGCAGAAUGCCGCAACUGAAAAUGGACAAUAUUACAAAUGUUGUACUUUAUCGCCCGUUGCACCGACUCCUUUGAUCAAUGUCGAUUGUUGUGAAAAAGCGAAACCUUGUGUUAGUCAUUUUUGUACUGCAGUAAAAGGCGAAUGUAAUAAUUAUGAAUUGACACCGUACGGAAAAGACUUCGUUUGUAAAACAGGAAGAUUAAUUCAAAAAUGUUUAUGUGUUAAGUUCAAUGGCUUGCAAGAUACAUGUAAACAUUUUGGUUGCUGCACUAAAAUAGGUUGCAUGAAACCUCUUUUCCCGAAUUGCCUACCGGCGCGUCAAUGGAAAAAUGAUUAUAUCUGCAAAAAGAAGAAAACCGUUCGAUGCUGUAUAGAUGAAUAA